ACAUGUAUCGGGCACCCUGUGGUUAAUUUUGUUGUUUUUGGCUCCUUUCAAAACUUUCAAAUCGGCCAAAGAGAGAUCAAUACUUCAAAGAGAGACCAAGGCUAUUAUGAAGAAACCUGGGGAUAACAUGAAAUGGAUGUUGUCUAUUCUUGUUGUUGCCUUGGUAACACCUUGCACUUCAAAGUACCUCCCCACGUGGGACUCCCUUGACUCACGACCCAACCCCCCCUGGUAUGAUAAAGCCAAGUUUGGUAUCUUUAUGCAUUGGGGGGUGUAUUCUGUGCCAAGUUUUGGGGCAGAGUCAGGGGGGACUGCUGGUGAGUGGUUCUGGAGAUACUGGCAUGACGGCAACCCUGCAUUUGUCAACUUUAUGAAGAAGAACUACCCCCCUGGGUUCUCGUAUGCUGACUUUGCCCCCAUGUUCAAGGCUGAGUUUUUCGAUCCAGAUGAGUUUGCAGACUUGGUGGCUAAAUCUGGAGCUAAGUACUUUGUGCUGACCAGUAAGCACCAUGAGGGCUGGACAAACUGGAGGUCAAAUGUUUCCUGGAACUGGAACUCUGUGGAUAACGGCCCACACAGAGAUCUGAUUGGGGAGCUUGCCGAUUCCUUCCGCACCAAGACCAAUGUGACCUUUGGGCUAUACCACUCUCUGUACGAGUGGUUCAAUCCAUUGUACCUGAAGGACAAAGCAAACAAAUUCAACACAAGUGUGUAUGUCAAGGACAUUUUGAUGCCACAAUUGAUGGAUAUGGUGAAUUCUUACAAGCCAGAGUACAUCUGGUCUGAUGGGGAUUGGGAAGCUUUAAGUGAGUACUGGGACAGCAAGGAGUUUUUGGCUUGGCUUUUCAAUGAAAGUCCUGUGAAAGACACUGUCUUGGUAAAUGAUCGAUGGGGAAGUGAGUGCUCUUGUAAGCAUGGAUCAGUUUACACAUGUUCAGACCGCUACAACCCAGGUCAUCUGAUUGAGCACAAAUGGGAAAAUGCCAUGACAGUAGACAAGUUGUCGUGGGGUUACCGGCGCAAUGCGCUCUUUUCAGACUUCUUGACAAUUGAACAGCUUAUAGCCGAGCUUGUCAGUACAGUUAGUUGCGGGGGUAACAUCCUGAUGAACGUCGGACCCACAGCAGACGGUCGCAUUGCCCCCGUCUUCCAAGAGCGCAUGCUCCAAAUGGGGAAAUGGCUGGCCAUCAACGGCGAAGGCAUCUAUGACACUAAGCCUUGGCGGGCUCAGAAUGACACAGACACCAAGAAUAUCUGGUACACCUCUACAACGGAGGCUGUUUACGCUAUUGCCCUUGAUUGGCCGAGUUCAGGUCACCUGCUUUUAGGUCAGCCAAUCACAGCGAAGGACACGGUGGUGACGAUGCUAGGUCUAUCUGGAAACUUCGCUUGGACUCCUGGUAACAAGCGAGGGAUUGUGAUUGACAUCCCAGGGAUCCCCGUCAACAAGCUACCUACCGAGUGGGCCUGGGUAUUUAAGCUUGUGAAUGUGUCCUAAUCCUGGAGGUGGUGUUAUGGAUUAGAAUCAGGAAUUGAUUUAUCAGGGUGAAUCAGGUAGUCCUCUUUAAUUUUAUAAGGCAGGAGGAUGUUGAUAGAGAGAUGAUUUCUUUCAAGAUUUUCGCGAGGAAAGGCGCCUGUAUUUUAGUUGGGUUUUUGACACUCUCACCCCACCCCUUCCCCUGUAAGGAAUGGCGCCCCUUACCACCACCCCCCAAACACCACCUGAUACCCUAGCAGAAGGAAUGCUGGUUAUCAUGUAGUACUGUAUGUCUCGUUAUUUCAUAACUAUAUCUUAAAAUAAGAACAUGCUUAUUUGAAUUCACUAAUAUAUUCAGAAUUGAACAAUAUUUUGAAUAAAAUGCAAUACUCGAA